AUGGACAUGGGAAAAGAAAGAUCUCUUGAAGAAACUCCAACAUGGGCUGUCGCAGUGUGUUGCUUCUUCUUUCUUGUAAUAUCUUUGAUCAUUGAGUUCAGUCUCCACAAAUUGGCUGAGGAUGCUGUGAUCUUAACAGAGUUAACUUCUGCAUCAACCUCAGACUUGGACGUAGCACCUGCAACAAAUGAAUCUGCAGUUGAGGGUAUGGUUAGUUUAAUUUCAAGUGAUGGAGUCCUGCAGCUAAAUAUAUUCAUCUCCUUUUUGGCCGUGUUUCACAUCUUGUUCUGCACUUUCACAAUGUGCCUUGGAAAGGCAAAGAAGGUUCCAGUAUACAGGUCAAACAUUGAUUGGGAAGCGUCAUUUGAAAUUUUGGAGCUAUCAUUCUCCUUUGCUUUGGAUGGCAGUUUUAUGGCUCAGUCUCAAAAGAUGAUUACUUUACUCUACGAAAUGGGUUCAUUGCACAAUUUCAACUUCAAGAAAUUUCUUUCCCGUACUUAUGAUGAAGAUUUUGAGAAGGUUACGGGAAUCAGGUACUCCCUGUGGUCAGAUCAGAAACAAGGAUUUGGAUCUGGAUUUUCUCCAUACUUUUCAUCUUUUUUAGUGCACAUGUUUGCUUUACUUGCUGGGACAAAACUGCAAGUCAUAAUAACAAAGAUGUGUGUAGAUAGUUGCAAGGAAAACCCAGUGAUCAAAGGACGUCUACUUGUAACACCUAGUGAUGCGCAUUUCUGGUUUCAUCGACCUGAAUGCCUUCUUCAUUUACUCAAGUUCAUCCUUAUCCAGAACUCCUUUCAACUUGCAUUCUUCACCUGGACUUGGUAUGAAUAUGGUCCAAGGUCUUGCUUCAAUCGAGAAAAUGAGGACAUUGGCAUAAGGGUUGCCAUGGGUAUAGCUGUGCAGCUCCUUUGUGGUUAUGUCACACUUCCCCUUUAUGCACUAGUUACUCAGAUGGGUUCUAGCAUGAGGAGAGAAAUUUUCACUGAGAGUGUUUAUAGGGGCCUCAAAAAUUGGCACAAAGAGGCUAAACAGUCUCUGUCCAAAAACAGCAAACACUCAGAUUCUGUUCAUUCCAAAGGAGGUGACAAUGCAGCAAGAGGAACAAUGGAUAGUGUACACACCCCAGAUAAUGUAGUGCUCACAAACAACCCUUCUCCCUCCAGUGAGGAGAAGAGAACUAUUCCUACCAAUGAGCAAGAUAUAUCAAGUCAUUCCACAAAAAUCACAGCUACUGAGGAAGAAAAUCCCAAGAUCAUCACCAGAGGAACCUAUGACGGUGAGAUCUCAUUUGGGAGCAGCUGGAAGAAUGUGGGAAGUAGCAGGGGCAUUGGAGAAAUUGUCUCAAUAACUGAAGAAGAUGAUGCUGAAACAUUUUCCUGA